GCAGCGGGAGGACCUCAACCCUUCCAGAGCAUUCAUGAGGAGGACUGCAAGAUUCACCCACGUAUGAAGGGAAGGCGUGGAUUUCAGGAGAAGCUGGUUCUGCUGGUCUCAGGAGGAGACGUGCAACUGAUUAGCAGCGCUUCGGUAAACCCCGCCAUCUGCCAGCAAACCGUCUGAGGAUCCCACAGGUUGGGGAGUCGCCGAAGUUGUGAGCAUGACCACGAUGCAGAAGCUGCUGCAGCUGCCGGUGAACGCCGUCAACAUCGUCAAGACGGUGCAGAGUCAGGUCCAGGGCCAGGAGGAGGACAAGAGCCCCGUGCUGACCCCCGAUAACGCCCAGCAGGGCUGGUACAACGCCCUCCAGCCCGACGAGCUGCGACACCUCCGGUCCGGAGGGACAGGUGGCGGCGGAGGCGGCGGGGGAGGAGGUGGAGGGGAGCCGGAGGACCGGGGCUUGCAGGAGGACGGUGGUGGCGGUGGAACUUUCCAAACUCAACCGCUACGACACGACGACUUGAAAGAGAUGCUGGACUCCAACAAAGACUCGCUGAAGCUGGAGGCCAUGAAGCGCAUCGUGGCCAUGAUCGCCAGGGGUAAAAACGCGUCGGAUCUCUUCCCCGCUGUGGUGAAAAACGUGGCCUGUAAAAACAUUGAGGUGAAGAAGCUGGUGUACGUCUACCUGGUGCGCUACGCCGAGGAGCAGCAGGAUCUGGCUCUGCUGUCCAUCUCCACCUUCCAGAGAGGCCUGAAGGACCCGAACCAGCUCAUCCGGGCCAGCGCCCUGCGAGUCCUCUCCAGCAUCCGCGUCACCAUCAUCGUCCCCAUCAUGAUGCUGGCCAUCAAAGAGGCCGCCUCCGACAUGUCUCCGUACGUCAGGAAGACGGCGGCUCACGCCAUCCCCAAGCUGUACAGCUUGGAUCCGGAACAGAAAGACCAGCUGAUUGAAGUCAUCGAGAAACUCCUCGCCGACAAAACCACGCUGGUGGCGGGGAGCGUGGUCAUGGCGUUCGAGGAGGUGUGCCCGGAGCGCAUCGACCUGAUCCACAAGAACUACAGGAAGCUGUGUAACCUGCUGAUCGACGUGGAGGAGUGGGGCCAGGUGGUGAUCAUCAACAUGCUGACGCGCUACGCCAGGACGCAGUUCCUCAACCCCAACAUCAACGAGUCCCUGCUGGAGGAGGGCGGCGGCGGGGAGAAAACCUUCUACGGCUCAGACGAAGACGAGGAUGAGGACGAGGAGGAGAAGGAGAAGAAGGCGGAGGCGGCCGCCAUGGCGAAGAGGAAGCCGUACGUGAUGGAUCCCGACCACCGGCUGCUGCUGAGGAACACCAAGCCGCUGCUGCAGAGCCGCAACGCCGCCGUGGUGAUGGCCGUCGCUCAGCUUUACUUCCACCUCGCCCCCAAAGCAGAAGUGGGCGUGAUCGCCAAAGCCCUGGUCCGCCUGCUGAGGAGCCACAGUGAAGUCCAGUACGUGGUCCUUCAGAACGUGGCGACCAUGACGAUCAAGAGACGGGGGAUGUUUGAGCCCUACCUGAAGAGCUUCUACAUUCGCUCCACCGACCCGACUCAGAUCAAAAUCCUCAAGCUGGAGGUUCUCACCAAUCUGGCCAAUGAGACCAACAUCUCCACCAUCCUCAGAGAGUUUCAGACAUACAUUAAAAGCAUGGAUAAAGAUUUUGUAGCUGCAACAAUACAGGCCAUCGGGCGCUGUGCCACCAACAUCGGCGAGGUGAGGGACACGUGUCUGAACGGCCUGGUGCAGCUGCUGUCCAACCGAGACGAGCUGGUGGUCGCGGAGUCGGUGGUCGUCAUCAAGAAGCUGCUGCAGAUGCAGCCGGAGAAGCACAGCGAUAUCAUCAAACACAUGGCGAAGCUCACCGAUAACAUCCAGGUGCCGAUGGCGCGGGCCAGCAUCCUGUGGCUGAUCGGAGAGUACUGCGAGCACGUGCCCAAGAUCGCCCCGGACGUCCUGAGGAAGAUGGCCAAGUCCUUCACCAACGAGGAGGACAUCGUCAAGCUGCAGAUCAUCAACCUGGCUGCCAAGCUGUAUCUGACCAACUCCAAGCAGACCAAGCUGUUGACGCAGUACGUUCUCAACCUGGCCAAAUACGACCAGAACUACGACAUCCGCGACCGGGCGCGCUUCAUCCGCCAGCUCAUCGUGCCCACCGAGAAGAGUGGCGCCCUGAGCAAGUACGCCAAGAAGCUCUUCCUCGCCCUCAAGCCUGCUCCCGUCCUCGAGUCUCCAUUUAAAGAUCGAGACCACUUCCAGUUGGGUUCAUUGUCCCACCUGCUGAACGCCAAGGCCGGGGGCUACCAGGAGUUGCCCGACUGGCCCGAAGCCGCCCCUGACCCCUCCGUGCGCAACGUGGAGGUUUUUGCGCUGCUUGAACGAGUCACAACAUUAACGAGUGUGCCCGAGUGGACCAAGUGCAGCAGCCGCGAGAAACGCAAGGAGAAGAAGGUGGAGAAGCCGUUCUACUCGGACUCGGAGGGCGAGUCCGGGCCGACGGAGUCCGCCGACAGUGAGUCGGACUCGGCCAGCGGCUCGGAGAGCGGCAGCGGUAGCGAGGAGAGCGGCUCGGGAUCAGAGAGCGAGGAGAGCGAGGAAGGCUCCGACUCCGAGGAAGAGGAGGAAGACGAGGAGGAGAAGAAGAAGAAGAAGAAGAAAGAAACGAAGAAGCCCGUUCAGGAGAGUGAAAGUGAGCAGAGCAGCGAGGAGGACGAGCGAAAGCGCGCGCCAAAGAGCAAACAGCGGAAGAGCGAGUCGGAGUCGGAGUCGGACGACGACGAGGAGAGCGAGUCUGAAAGCAGCCAGUCGGAGUCCGAAGACUCCGAGUCGGAGGUGGAGGUGAAAAAGAAGAAGAAGCCAGUUGAAUCGAAACCUCCUUCGAAACCUGUGAAGAAAGAGAACAAGAAGGAGAAGAAGGAGAUGUCUCUGCUCGACCUGGACGACUUCGAACCGGCUCCCUCCCCUCAAGUCACGCCCGUCAACAGCUUCCUGUCCAACAGCCUGGUGACGGACCUGGAGGGCUUGUCCCUGUCCGACUCCGUCCUUUCCCCGGCGACCAUCGCCCCGUCCAGCGCGCUGAAGAACUACGAGCUGCUGCACCGGAUCACGGGGGAGGGGCUGUCGGUGGAGUACUGCUUCAGCCGCCAGCCCUUCAGCCCCGACGCCAACAUGGUGGCCGUGCAGAUGCAGUUCACCAACAGCGCCACCGCCGACACCAAGAACCUGCACAUCGAGGACGCCAAGCUGCAGUCGGGGAUGAGAGUCAAGGAGUUCCCCGAGAUCGAGCUGCUGCCUGCAGGGGAGACCGCCACGGCCGUCAUGGGCAUCGACUUCUGCGACUCGACGCAAGCAGCAAACUUCCAGCUGUGCACCCACACCAGGAAGUUCUUCGUGUCGAUCCAGCCUCCGGUGGGCGAGCUGAUGCGCUCCGUCUUCCUCACAGAGAACGAGUUUAAGAAGGAGCAAGGUCAGCUGAUGGGGAUGAACGAGAUCACGGAGAAGCUCACGCUCGAUGCAAAGUGCCGGAACGAACACGCCAUCGUUCAGAGAGUGACGGCCGCCGCCAACCUCAGCAGGGUGCCGUGCGGCUCUGACCGGGAGUGCAGGUUCGCCGGCAGGACGGUGACCAGCGGCAGCUUGGUGCUGGUCACCGUGGCGACGGGGGAGGACGGAUCGGCCCAGCUGACGGUCAACUGCGAGAAAAUGGUGAUCGGCACCAUGCUGGUGAAGGACAUCCUGCUGGCUCUGACGCAGUGACCCCGCCUCCGACCCCGCCCCUCCCCCCUCGCCUCGUCCGUGUAGCGUCGCCCGCGUUCCUCUUCGUCCGUCGGGAAGUUUCCAGAGCGUUCGGAGCCGGAGGGCAGGAGAACGAGCGCAGCUCUGACGUUGUUCCAUCCCGCGGGAUUUACUGGGUCAGACUAGGAAACCAAAACCAGCAGUUCGUUCAGAAGCCCCGACAUCCAAACUUCAACCCUGCUCUGAAGCUUUCAGGGUUUUCAGAGGAUUUGGUUGCUCAUUUGUCAAAAUGAGCAUAUGAUCUUUCCAUUUGGGAACUAAUGCUAAAAAAACUGAUUCUAAUUUAACAAAAAUAUCACAAACUGACAGUAUGAACACGUCUAAAUAAUCUCUGUUCUUUAUUUUGGUACUAACUUCAUGCCUAAACUCACUGGUAACAGCAAAACAUCUCCGGAAUUUGAAUGUUUGCACGACAUGUGAUAAUUCUAUUUAACUGAGAUCAGCAUAACUUGAAAUUGUGGGCAGAAGGAGACAAGAAAAGCUUUGUGAUGUGCUGUUGUUGCAAAAGCAGCCUGUUUAACCUUACAGUACCAGUUUGCACCACAAGGUGGUGACUUAAGUCACUGAGAAUGAAUAGAAGUGAACACUGGGCUGUGACAUGUUGGACGCUUUUUUAUUCAACCUACAGAAUCAGCGUUUGCGCUUUUAUGCUUGCAUGUCUCUCUCCCAAUCUGAAACCGUUGCAUCUAAAAAACAAAAGCCAGAACUAAAGCGACACGAGGUAUUCGAAGGACAAAUACUAAAGCCACGUAAUAAAAUAUCUUUAUCUCAAAUUGAUCUGUUAGGCAACAAAUGAGCAACUAAAUCUGCUGAGGAGAAUAUGAAAGCUUUGCACUCACAGUUUAAUUCAGUCAAAAUUAAAGUUUGAAACUCAAAUUUAAAGUGAUGAAUCGCUUCCGCUUUUUAGAAAUCAGUCCCUCCUUUUUUUGUUAAGUUUUAGCUUGUUAGAUAUUAUUUUUCCCUCUAUUUUAAAAUGUUAAGAGUUGAUAUAUUCCCCUGAAAGCAGGUGACUGUAAAACACAUCCAGCUGAGAUCAGUCCUGAACGUCUCGUUGGGAGUCUCCACGACUCUGCUGGCUCCCAGAAUCCUCCACUUUGAAACAACAGAUGCAGUGAACGGCUGAUUGAACCCAGAGGAGACCGUCCACACGUCCAUCACAGUCAAAACUGAGCGUGUAUAAAUGUUGUAUUGCAACAUGAAAUAUAAGAUGUGGUGUGUGUGUGUGCGUGUGUGUGUGUGUGUGUGUGUGUGUGUGUGUGUGUGUGAGUGAUGACACUGACAAACAUGAAAUAGCUAUUUUUUUUGUUUUUCUCACACCUUACUUGAAAUUGUCAUGAAUUGUCAUCAGAAUGAGAAGUUAUCGGAUCAAAUGUUUACUUUUGUUGCCUGAGGGAAAAAAAAAACUUCAGCUUUGUUACUGUAUAAUAUUUUAUUAUAAUUACACAUAAAUUCACAGCAAGGAAUUGCACAGAUCAUCCCCUUAUGGUAGUUUUCUAUCAUUUCACCCACAUAACAUGAGAAAAACUUAAAUGAACAUUUCCUAGGGAACUUCCUCAUAGGAAAAUUAGCUGAUCUCUGAGAUUCUAUCUCGCCUUAUGAAUGGCAGCUUCUUCCAAAUUUCUGGUCAGAAUUUCAUCAAAUUUUGUUUUGAAACUGUGCUGACUUCUAAAAUUUGAAGUAAAGUGUGACUGACAGUCCUUCACUUCCCUUGAUUACAGGCGAAAGCUCAUUUUUUGGACCCUGCUGCGUCCGGCAGCUGCAUGUUUCUUAACUUUUUAUCUUCUGUUGAAAAAUGUAAGUGACACACUCUAGUAGGAUGACUGCUGGCCAAUUUUUCUUCCACCACCUGACUUCUCGGCUCCGAUGUUUCAUGCCGGAGGUGUUCUGCCGUCGAUGUAAAAGAGAAACCGCCGGGUUAAAGAUCCACCGCGUCACAGCUCAUGCCGGGCCUCGUGUCAUCCGCUUCCAAAUAUCCAAAAGUCGCUCUAUCAUACCCUGUGUGUGGUUGUGAAAUGUGAUCCUGAGGUAUUACAAGUUUAUUUAUUAUACAAAUAAAAGUACGGAAACCGUCUCUGCU